CCGUGUUAGGAGUAAAACAAGGUGUUCUCCGUGGCAAUCCACAGCGAAACACCGCGGGGAUCCGUGAAUACCGAUGGCUUCAUGUGUAGAUAUUUGCGCCUCUGAAAAUUACGCAUCGAGCCCUUGAUGCUGAAGUGUGGGUACACUGAGGGGAGUGCAUCCCAGUGAACACACACACACACACACACACACACACACUCGUAUUGUGGCGCCUUUUGGAUACAAGCGCUUCACAGGAGACAAUGAGAGGCUACCUGCUGACUGCAAUCUUUCUGCUGCCCUUGGUGGCCUCAGAGUCCGAGCACUGCAUCAUCAAACGUGAACAUGAGAAAUGCAUGGAGAGGAUCGCGCUGCACAACCCCGAUGACCAUGAAUUAGUGUGCCCGUGGAUGUGGGACAACCUGACCUGCUGGCAGGCGGCCAGUGUUGGUGAAGUUGUGGUGGUCAACUGUCAAGACCUUUUCCAUGAUUUCAUGAGUGCUGAGGAUGACAUGGGGAAGGUCAGUCGUAACUGUACCGAGGAUGGCUGGUCUGAACCUUUCCCUCACUAUGCGGAAGUCUGCUCCUUCUUCUUCUAUGAAAACACCACCAAACCUGACAUGUACUACGCAUCAGUGAAGGCCCUGUACACAGUUGGCUACAGCACAUCGCUGGUGUCUCUGACGACAGCCAUGGUUAUUCUCUGCAGAUUCAGGAAGCUCCACUGCACCAGAAACUUCAUUCACAUGAAUCUGUUUGUGUCCUUCAUCCUGAGAGCCAUCUCAGUCUUCAUCAAGGACGGUGUGCUCUACGCUCGGGAAGACAGCGAGCACUGCUUCGUACACACAGUGGCAUGUAAAGCAGUGAUGGUUUUCUUCCAUUACUGUGUCAUGUCCAACUAUUUCUGGCUGUUCAUUGAAGGACUGUAUCUCUUCACUCUGCUGGUGGAGACCUUUUUUCCUGAGAGACGAUACUUCUACUGGUACACCAUAGUGGGAUGGGGAACUCCCACCAUUUGUGUGACUGUCUGGGCAGUUCUGAGGCUCCAUUUUCACGACACUGGGUGCUGGGAUACAAAUGAGAACACUGCCCUCUGGUGGGUGAUCAAAGGACCAGUUGUGGCCUCUAUAAUGAUCAAUUUUGUCCUUUUCAUUGGAAUUAUUAUUAUCCUGGUCCAGAAGCUCCAGUCCCCUGAUAUCGGAGGGAAUGAAUCAAGCAUUUACCUGCGUCUGGCGCGCUCCACCCUGCUGCUCAUCCCUCUGUUUGGCAUUCACUACACUGUGUUCGCCUUCUCACCUGAAGAUGUCAGCAAGAGGGAGAGGCUGGUCUUUGAACUGGGACUGGGAUCCUUCCAGGGCUUUGUGGUAGCUGUCCUCUACUGUUUCCUCAAUGGAGAGGUGCAGUCGGAGAUCAAGAGGAAAUGGCGCAGCUGGACGGUGAACCGGUACUUUGCUGUGGACCUGAAGCAGCAGAGGCACCCUUCGUUGGCCAGCAGUGGAGUGAACGGCGGGACUCAGCUGUCGAUCCUCAGCAAGAGCAGUUCCCAGAUACGCAUGUCCAGCCCGCUGGCGGAGAACGCCAACAUCAGCCUCCCCACCUGAGCAUCUGAUUGGGCGGACUCAACUUCAAGGUGCCGUUCCACUAACGUACAUCCAGACCAACCAGAACAGACCAAAGUGGCCCCUCACACCUCUUAUGUUUUUUAGUUUGGCCUUUAGACAAUGAGGUAUUUCUAAAAGCAUUUACUGGAGAUUCAUUAGAGGUGCAUAGCUGGCUUUCAUACAUUAGAAUUUAACUUGGUUAAACGAUUUACAGUUGUAUUUAUUUGACUAUUUUAGUGCUGCAGCUGACUCUGUAGGCUGCAAACUUUUAUGAUUAAUGAUACACUUAAUAUUUUUACAAACAACUCAAAUUCUACUCCAUCAAUUAAAACAAAAUAAAUAUUAGGAAUUCCCUUUCUGCCAAUAUUUUAAUGUCAAAUUUACCCCAUUUUACUGUUUUAUUUAUAAAUAAAAUUAAAGUAGAGUUUGUGCCAAAAGAAACACUACAAGUUGUAAAAAAAGAUGAAUAGUUAAGUAACAAAUGUAGGGGUCAUAUUUGGCUGUUGGUGUAAAGUAAAUGUGCUUCAAAGUGCCAUACAGGUUGCCUGACUGGAUCUGAUCUCAUAACAGUCCAAAGUUAAACGUCAACCAAACGUUCGCCUUGCUUGUACAAAUGCUCAUUGUUUAAAUGUUUCAUCUUGAAUUUAAACAUUUUUCUACAAUCAGCCAUAAGUACAGAGUAUGUCAAAAAAUAUAUGUUAAAAAAAAAAAAACAACAACAACUCAUGGACUUUGUAAAUAGUUACUUUUGGUGUCUAGAUCAGAAUUUCUUUCUUUUGCAUAACGCAGUAUUGUAAUGACCUUUUCAAACGAAAGGAACUGGAGCCCAAAUCUGUAGACUUCAUCACAUAUCCUGGAGACCCAGAAGAUCCUGCCCACUCUAUUCUGAAAUAUUUGUUUGUAUUAAAUAAUUUUUAAAGAAAAAACACACAACUAGUAUAAAUAUAUAUAGGAACACAGUGCCAAAAUAAAUGAGUGUUGAAGAGCGGUGUCUCCAAACCUAGGAGUCACAUGAUGAAUGAACAUUUAUCUGCUCCAUGAAACUAUAUUUAUUUUAAAAGAAAAUGUAUGUUUGCUUUUUUUUUUUUCUUAUAAACUGUUCUUUAAAUUCACCUCUUCAGGCCUCUAAAAAUAUUUAGAUUAAUUUGAAUUAUCAAAUUACUGCUGUAGAGGAUGUAACAGCACAUGAGGGAAUCUAAAAAUGUAUUUUAAAAAAAGAAAAAUACACUGAGAAUGUACACUGAACUGAUUUAUGCUCACAAACAGUGUCGCUGCAGAGGUCUGCAGUAGUACUAGUGCUACAGUUGUAUCCUCCAAUUGGUUUUCCCUUUCAUACAUUUAACGGAUAUGUUUUUGCAGACUGUGAACAUGAACAGUACAGGUGCCAUUUAGCGGAUGCUUUUACCCAAAGCUCCUCAUAACGCCAUGAGUUCAUAUGUGCCGCAUUUUAUUGUAGGCAGUGAUAAUGCUCUUAAAGAUGACAGGAUUCUUUGCUCUUUUCCUCUGAGCUUCAAUCCAUUGUGCCAUAUUAAAUUGCUCUUCAUUUAAAAUUUUGAAAUGAACCAUCUCCUACACUCAUAUUCCAAAGUGCCUAGUCAGUCACAAAUAGCUAUCACUUUUAUUUACAGGACAAUGAACAGAUAAGUUAGACGUGUAGUAAGAGUCAUUUCCUGCAAAGAAUGUAUAGAGCGGUGUGUUUUAUUAUGGAUGAC